GGUGACUUUAGGAAAAGGAUGAGGAGGCUUUCAAAACAACAUAAACAUGCAUUUAUGUCCACGUUAAAAAGUACUUAUACAGUACUUUUAAAGCAAAUAUGCUUAUUUUUUCACUGUUUAGUAUUCGGAAAACCGAAACAAAUACGCUGAUUGGCACUUUAAAUCACAUUUGAAUUGUUUUGAUUUGCUAUCACUUUGAAGCUAAAAUUAAGGGUGGUUUUCAAAAACCUGUUUUUUUGUUUUUUUUAAUAAAGUUAGUUCAAAAGAACAAACGCUUUUCUUCCCAUUAGACAUCAAAUGACGUCUUUGAUGUCGACUAAUGUGUUGAAAAUGGUUAUAAAUAUGCUCUUAUUUUGCACCAGAGUGCUGGGAUUUGUUAUCGCUGUACACUAGUGAGCAAAUAUUUCCCCCCAAAAUUCCAAAAAACGACUUUUCUUGGUACAAUAAUGCAUUACUUUUUGUCCACAAUGCUUUCGAAUUUUGCCUGGGGAGAGAAAAGGACCCCAAAGACAAACUUUUGGACGCAUGCGACCGCUCUUGGUGGGAUGAGGAGGCUUUAAAAACAACAUAAAAAUACAUUUAUAUUCAUAAAUGGCACUUAAACACUACCUUUAGAGCAAAUAGGCUUGUUUCUAAACUGUAACAUUCCCGUAAAACCAAAACAAACCCUCACAUUGGCGUUUUGAUUUUGAUUUGUUUUGUUUUCUCUUUCUAAUAACCUCAAAGUGUCAUUUCAUAAUGUUUUGCAGUAAAUUUGCUGUGACGUUCCAUCGUUUGAAGGUGGAGGUCGCGGAUGAAGACAUCCGGUCCAGCCUGCAGACGAUGUCCUCCGAGCCUCCUCUCGGCACAAGCGUGUGCGUGUGCGCCAGCUGCAAUGAAGAAAUAGUAGAUAAAUAUUUAUUGAAGGUAUUCAUGCCUCACAGGCCCCAAGACGAACUAAACAAUCGUCUUCAUUGUGUGUGCGUGCGUGCGUGUGCGUGCGCGCGUGUGCCGCAGGUGAGCGACCUGUCGUGGCAUGUGCGCUGCCUUUGCUGCAGCGUGUGCCAGGCCGCGCUCGGCGGCCACACCAGCUGCUACAUUAAGGACAAGGAGGUCUUCUGCAAGAUGGAUUACUUCAGUGGGCUCGUUAUCAGUGGCAUGUGCGGCAUGCGCGGGCGCGUCACUAAACAGAACUUUCAUGAAGAGGACAAGAAAAUGAUGAACAAUGACUCAGCGGAACACACACGGUUCGGCACGUGGUGCGCGUGCUGCGGGCGCCACGUCCACGCCACCGACUGGGUGCGGCGCGCCAAGGGCAACGUCUACCACCUGGCCUGCUUCGCCUGCUUCUCGUGCAAGCGGCAGCUGUCCACCGGCGAGGAGUUCGCCCUGGUGGACGACAAGGUGCUGUGCAAAGUCCACUACGACUGCGUGCUGGACAAGCUCAAGAGGGCCGCCGACAAAGGCAGCAAUGUGAAUAUGGAGGGCGCGGUGCCCACCGAACAAGAAAUGAACCAGCCCAAACCGUCCAAGAGAGCCAGGACCAGCUUCACCGCCGACCAGUUGCAGGUGAUGCAGGCGCAGUUCGCGCAGGACAACAACCCGGAUGCUCAAACGCUGCAGAAACUGGCCGAGCAGACGGGCCUCAGUCGAAGAGUCAUACAGGUGUGGUUCCAGAACUGCCGCGCCCGCCACAAGAAGCACGUGAGCCCCAACCACACGUCCGGCGGCCCCCUGACCUCUCUGCAGCCCGCUCGCCUGGCCCCGCCCACGCCCACCCCCGAGGAGCUGCAGUACACGGCCUACGGGGGCCCGGAAGCUUCCAUGCUGUCGGCGCUGCACUCCUUCAUCGACAGCGAGCACCAAGCCUUUUAUGAACUGCUGUACGAGUGACUCGCCGUGCAGAUUUUCACUUGAAUCAGCACCCCCCCCCCCCCCCCCCACCCCCCACCCCCUCCCUUCAUAAAUCAUGUCUGUCACGUGUCAGUUCAAUCUGUGACGCAUUACAGCGGUGAUUCUCAAAGUGCGACGCCUCGUGGUAGGCCGUUUUAGGUUUUAUUGACCUCUGGGGGACCAGGAUAAAAUGUAUGAAAGAAUGAUUUAUCCUUUUUUUUUUUUCUUAUGUUAUAUCAUGAUAAUUUGUGAAAAACCUUUGAUCAUUGCAAAGGGUGAAAAAUAUGAUUCAUGUAACCUGCCUCAUAAUGUCUUAUUUGAUUUUCUAUUGUGAAGCAUCACUGCUUUAAGUUGCUGAAUAUUAGUGAAUUCUACUCCGAAUGCAGCCCACCUCCUCAAAAGAUGCGUGCCAAUUGCAAAUGCCGUGCAUCUGAAGGUCUGCAAAUGUAAUUUAUUGUGUGUAUGUCGAGUGUCUUUUAUGAAAAUAAAUGUCUAAUUUCACAAACA